GCCCACUUAAUCGCGAUGCUUCCCAUAAUCCACUGGGCACUGAACCUGGUCAGGCUGGUCUUGUCAGGGACUCAUGAAUCCUCAUCAUAUCGAACAGAGGAAAUGCCUUUUGCUUCCUGCUAUUCAUUGAUUCCGAUUCACGCCCAUUUCUAUUCCGAGUUUAUGACAUCUUCACCACCAGACAUGCCGAGCUCGGGUACCAGCAGUCAGCUUACUUCAUAUAUGGGCUGCAGAAGCGUUACACACACCAGACUGUUGACGCGGCCACUAUUUUGACCAUCCCGCGAUGCAAGUCAUUCGUCCGAGCAUCCGGCUCUUGAGAACACCAGAAAGCUCCAGCCACCAAUGUGUAUAGAACCGAAGAAUGCAUCCCAGUCAGAAAUAGCUCUUCGCAGAGUCGCACUGGAUCGAGAACCGAUACCACACUCCCGCGGAAAAGAAUUCGGUCGAGGGUUUUUGCUGAAGGGAGAGAGAAUCCGAGGGUUGACAGAUCGCCCCCAAGCCGUUCGCAUGCCCGAUCUUGAUUGGUUCCCAGACACAUGGCUGGGCGCUUAGCUGUGAGGAAAGGUUGGAGGAGAGACGGCACACAGUGGAGAUGGCUCUGUGAUCAGCUUGAUGUGACUGGAACCCCGCCAAGCACCACCACCAGCCUUUCUGUGCAACCUGCUGGUGUAGCACGAUGGCAGAAAGUCCCAAAAUCUCUCUCAUCAGGACCCCGCAUCACGGCUCCGGAGCGACACUGCAGGUCUAAAUCAGUGUGGGCUGGUGUGUCAGUCGAAACUAUAGUUGCGCCUCUACGAAGAUCGCCGUUCUAGAUUUUCCCCAGAUGCACUAGGAAUUCCAUGGCCAGGCCAGCUCCCCAUUGUUCUCAAUUGGGAGAGCCGUCGGUGUUAAAGGGUGAUAGUAUGCAGAUUCGAGCAUGAAGGCUUGACGAUAUCGCCCCAGGUUAGCGACUUGCCCAGCAGCCGAGCGGCCACCUUUGCCCGCUCAUUGGCCGUGGGCUCCCUUCGGGGCAGGGGGUCGGCAGGGUCGGCAUGCACAGCUCGCACCCCCCUUCAAGUUUUUUGUGCCCUCUGAGUGGUCGGGAUGCUCAGGUGCAUGCUGCUGCCAAAAAGCCGCCCAGAUUGCUGUGCCUGUUGGUGCUUCAGCAUGGCAAAGUCGGGUCACGGCGGUGGAAGGGUGUGAAGGUGACUGGGCAUGGGGGGUGACAGGGACCACUGGGCGGCUGGAGAGGAGAGGGGAAUGGCUGCAUACAUAGGGCCGAUGGGCCACCACCACCAGAUAUUAUCCUCCCGUCCGCCCAGCACGACCUGUUCUUCUGGCCUUUUCCCUGCUUCUUAUUUCUGCGGUUGUCUUUUUUAUACCGAAUUCACAAAUCUCAACUCCAGAUACAGACGUUCCGUCGGUCGACACUGGGACUACCAGACCAGGACAGUGAUACAGAUAUUGAUCGGCAAAGAACUGGCGAUCUAGAAGGAGGAAUUGAGACAUUCGACUGAGAGGUUUUUUCUUGGAGAAAAAGAAGAGCCGGAAUUGAAAGGGAAAGCCCUCGUGAGGCUCUGAUCACGCGAAACUUUGGUUACACCUUCACAUAUCGCAUCCAACGACACACUUCGCCAAAAUGCUUACAUCAACGUUUCUCACGGCUCUGACAACAGCCACUGUCGCCUCUGCUCACAUUGUCAUCACAUAUCCAGGAUGGAGAGGCAACAACCUCAUCACCAACAAAACCUUCCCAUACGGCAUGCAAUGGAUGUAUCCAUGUGGCGGCAUGGAAGUAACAACAAACCGAACCUACUGGUCAACAAAAGGCGGCGCCAUCGCCUUCCAACCCGGCUGGUUCCAAGGCCACGCAACAGCAAUGGUCUACGUCAACAUGGGUUUCGGUACUGAAGGCCCCGAAGAUGGACCACCGGGCGGUCCCCCCAACAUGUCUUUCCCCAUGGUUCCCCCCUUCCAACUCCUCGGCCCAUCAAAGAACCCGUAUCCCGGCACCGUCUGCCUCCCUCAAGUACCACUGCCAGUGAACGCGACGGUCAAGGCUGGCGACAAUGCCACAAUUCAGGUUGUUGAGUUGGCCGUACAUGGCGCUGCUCUCUACUCGUGCGUCGACAUCACAUUUGUCGAACCAGGCGAUUCGAGACUGGCCGAGGUCAACGAGACCAACUGCUUCAACAGCACCGACAUCGGCGUCGCGGACGUGUACACCCUCACCCUUCGUGCUUCCGGACAGGGAGCAGUCAACCUCACUAGCGACGCGGCACGAUCUCUGACUAUCAGCGGCUCAACUCUUGCAUGGCUCGGCUACGUCCCACUCGCUCUCGGCGGUUUGUGGGCGCUGCUAUGAUGUGACCCGUCACAAUUUUGGCAGGCAGGUUGCGUGUGUCACUGUUUGGCACUUUGUAUAUUUUUGAUCCUGAAGGCAAAACCAGGAUCUCGUGUUGGCAUUUCUGGACGGCGUUCAAGGACAGAGGGUGAAGGAAAGAUAUUUUUUUGGGAGGGUACUAUAUCUGCCCGUUUUUUUUUGUUCUUUUUUGGUUUUGGGGAAUUUUCUUUUCUCGUUGUUUAAUAUUUUCUCACUUACAACUUUUUUCCCUCUU